AUGAGCCCUAGAGAAAAACCUAUUGAAAUGACUGGAAGAGAGCCAAAGAGGUCUUCUUCUACAAAAGCAUCUCCUCCUCUCUUCGGUAUUGAAACACGCCUUGAGAAAUUGAAAGAGAAGUUGGAUAUCAAAUCAGACGAGGUUACUCGGGUUGUGGGAGUUGUUGGGAUGCCUGGUAUAGGCAAAACCACUCUUGCCAAGAAACUGUUGGAUGAUUGGGGAUGCAAGUUCUUGCAUACGAUGUUUCUAGAUGACAUCCGCGAAAAGUCAACGUCUCUUGGCUUCUACAGGUUGCAAUUGGAACUCUUGAAUGGUUUAAAGAGUAGCUAUAACAAUGUAAAGGUGCACAAGGAUACCGAAUUCCCACCUGAAUCUUUAAAGGCUGAGCUCAGAGAAAGCAAAGUGUUUAUUGUUCUUGAUGAUGUGAGUGAUAAGAGUCAGAUCGAAGAGAUUCUUGGCAAGCGCGAAUGGUUAAAAGAAGGAAGCAGAGUACUCAUAACAUCGAGCAGCAUGUCCGCGGUCGAGGGAAUGGUAGACGAAACCUAUCUAGUCCCGGGGCUGAGCGAUAACGACGCGUUAAAAUACUUUGAAAAGCACGCAUUCUCUGCUCCUUGCGAGCCAAGUUUCAUGAUGCUUGCAAGAGAGAUUGUGGAUUAUUCUAGGGGGCAUCCAUUAGCUCUCAGAGUACUUGGUGGUGAGCUUCUUAGGAAGGAAGAGACGUACUGGAAAUCGAAGCUUGGAACUCUUGCAAAAAGCCCGAUCAGCAACACGAUUCAAAAUGUCUUAAGAAUUCCUUAUGACGCUCUUAGAGAAGACCGUAAGGACUUGUUCCUCGAUGUGGCAUGUUUCUUCAGGUUUGAAGAUGAGUAUUAUGUGAGGAGUUUGCUGGAUUCUUCGGUUCAUGAUAAUGUGAGUGAAGUAAGAGAACUCGCGGAUAAGUUCUUGAUUAACAUUUGUGGCGGUCGGCUCGAGAUGAAUGAUCUGAUGUACACAUUCGCAAUGGGACUAGAAUCACAAUCAUCCUCUCAACAUUCAACAAGUGGGCGUAGGUUGUUAAACCAUGGCGAGAUCAUCUCUAUUCUACGAAACAAACCGGAAGAGACCAAAGUCAGAGGAAUUUUCCUUGACAUGUCCGAAGUACCAACUUCGAAGAAAAUGAGCUUAGGCAUUGACACAUUCAAAAGAAUGGAUGAUCUAAGAUACUUGAAAUUCUUCAACUCAAGUUUUCCUAAAGAAUGUGAAGCUGACAGCAAGCUGAACUUCCCCAACGGACUUAACUUCACACUGCAGGAAAUCCGUUAUCUCCAUUGGCUGAAAUUUCCGCUAAAGAACCUUCCAGUCAAUUUUAAACCAGAGAAUCUUAUAGACCUCAAACUACCUUACAGUCAGAUUGAGCAAGUUUGGGAGGGAGAGAAGGACACACCGAAAUUAAAGUGGCUGGAUCUGAAUCAUUCAAGUAAGCUACACACAUUGUCGGGUUUAUCGCUGGCUCGAAAGCUUCAAAGUAUGAAUCUUGAAGGCUGCACAGCAUUGCAGACAGUUCAUGAAGAGCUACAAAACAUGGAAAGUCUUGAAUUCUUGAACCUGAGAGGGUGCACGAGCCUCGAGUCCUUUCCACAAAUGAACUUGGCCUCUCUGAAAACACUUAUCCUCAGCGGCUGCUCAAAUCUUAAGGAAUUCAAUAUGGUUUCAGAGAAUCUUGAAGAGUUGUACUUAGAUGGCACCGCGAUAAAGGGACUUCCUUCAACGAUUGGGAAUCUCCAAAGACUAGUCUUGUUGACGUUGAAAGACUGCACAGAACUAUUGAGUCUCCCAGAUUCUGUCGGAAAUCUAAAAGCUCUUCAAAAACUAGUACUCUCAGGUUGUUCAAAACUUGCUAGUUUUCCAGAGGUUAAGGAGACCUUGGAGCAUUUGAAGACUUUAUUACUCGACGGGACAGCCAUUAACGAGAUGCCUGAUCUUUUGCAUCGCUUUAGUGUUAAUCAAGGCCAAAAUUCUUCUUGGUCACACUACGAUUUCCGUGAAUGGCCGCAUGGAAUCUUCGGAUUAUCAUCAGUGCAGCGUUUAUGUCUAAGCGGAAACGAUUUCAGAAGCUUGCCAUGCAGCAUCAGUUAUCUCUACCAUCUCAAAUGGCUUGACUUAAAGUCUUGUGAAAGGCUCAUAUCUCUCCCAAUGCUUCCACCAAAUCUUCAUUGGUUAGACGCACACGGCUGCAUUUCGCUUGAAAAGAUUGAGAGCUCGUUGGCUCUUAUGUUGGCGGAAACAGAGCAUUCACACUCCACGUUUAUUUUCACUAAUUGUACCAAAAUUGAUCAAGUUGCGAAGAAUGGUCUCGUAUCUUACGUUCGGAGGAAGAUCCAGUUGCUGUCAAAUGCACUACCUCACCAAGACAAGGGUUCAAUACUCGAUGUUUUGAUAAAAAUAUGCUAUCCUGGUUGGCAUUUACCUGUAUGGUUCAAUUACCGAUCAGUUGGGCCAGAGGUAUCGAAAAAGUUGCCUCGACAUUGGAAUGAAGACGGGCUUAGAGGUAUAGCUCUUUGUGCUGUUCUAUCAUUUAAGGACUUCCAAGCUCAUAAUACCCAGCGCCUCUUAGUUAUAUGUACUAGUGAGUUCAAAGAAGAAGACGAGUGUUUGAGCCAGUUUAGUUGCAUUCUUGGAGGGUGGAAUGAACAUGGCAGCGAUAAACCCCGAGACAUCGUUGAGUCUUCUGGUCAUGUCUUUAUCGGAUACACGAGCUUGUUACAUCUCAAGAAACAUGACAAAGGAGCGGGAUGUGUUUCUACAAAUGCUUCCUUCAAAUUCGAAGUGACCGAUGGGACAAAACAGGUUACAAAUUGUGAGGUGCUCAAGUGUGGCUUUACUCUUAUUUAUGAAACCACUGGUUCAACGACUUAUACUGGAGUUGAAAACAAGCGUAUACAAGAAUAUUACCAUACUGGAAGUAACGAUCAGACUUCUUGGGUGCCAAAAUCUGAUGCUACUCCAAAGGUUGGUGAAGUUAUUAGUGAUGAAUCCAUGUCACCUGGGAGCUCAAAAGAAGAUGAAGUCAUUGAUCCGAAAUCUCCAAAGAAAGAUGAGACCAAUAAAGGACAACUUGAAACAAGCUCUUGUGUAUCUUCGGAAGAUACAGAGGAAUCUGAUAAUGAUCAGAGUUUAAGUAAUAGCAUGAACAACUUAUGUGAAUUGUUGGAGAAACCUAUACGGCUUAUUUUUCUUGUGGUUUCCAUUUAUGCUGGUGCAGCUUUUGUGUUAGGAAAAGAUAGCAGAAAGAGAUGA